AUGAAUCAGAACACCACGUCCUACUUAAAUGUGAACAAGUGCUCACAGGAUGACAGUCUCAAAAUGAUCCUGUUGUUGGUUUUGCUUUUUCUCCUUCAUCAAGGAUAUGCUUUGGUGCCAGUGAUCACAGUUCACGUUGGUGAAGCAACAACAGUUACAUGUGAUUUGCCCAGUGAUGAAUAUAGAGGUGGUAAACUUUUAUGGUACAGGCAAACCGUGGGACAUACUCUGGAACUAAUUGGAACAUUUUGGAAGUAUGCAAACCUCAAUUACGGACCAAGUUAUUCUGACUCAAGAAUGACAAUUGUAGUUACUGACAAAAUGAGCAACCUGACCAUUUUAAAAACAGUUCAAGAAGAUGAAGGAAUGUAUCACUGUGCUUUUCCCGACUGGAGCCAAACUGUUUGGCGUGGCACCUACUUGUUAAUAAAAGGAAACACUGUGGGAACAUUAAACUACAGAGUCGUUCAGAGCUUGACGGCUUCAGAUUCCGUACGUGCAGAGGAAUAUGUGACUCUACAGUGUUCUGUCCUCUCGGACUUUGACAGGACAACGUGUUCAGAAGAUCUCAGUGUCUUCUGGUUCAGAUCAAAUACACCUGACCCACAUAUAAUGUUCAUUGAUGGGAACAAGACAGACAGAUGUCAGAAGAAAACAGACUAUCAGACUAGAUGUGUAUAUAACUUCUCAAAGGACAUCAGCUCCUCUGAUGCUGGGACUUACUACUGUGCCGUGGCCACAUGUGGAGAGAUUUUAUUUGGAAAUGCAACCAAGCUAGAAGCUGAGUCAACAGCAGAUGGUGAAAUUCCUGUACAAGUGAUAACUAUAUCUUGUUUGAUUAUAUCACUGAUCAUAAAUAUUGUUUUCAUCUGUUUCAAAACUCCAAGAGCAGCAUGCAAACAAUCUGAAGCAAUAGAAGGCACCUCUUCACAAGAAAUAAGUAUGAACUUGAGUCAGCAAGAUGAUCAUACUAAUGAAAACGGGAAGGAUCUGAACUAUGCAGCAUUACACUUCUCAGCUGGUAAAGCUAGAAGAGGGAAAAAAAUUAACGUGAAGGAGGACAGUGUGUAUUCCUAUAUUAAACCUUGAAA